GUCGCCGCAGCUGGGGCGCGGCGGGAGCAGAGCUCGGGCGCGGGGCGCUCGCACCGCUCCGCAUCGCACGGACCUGCCGGCAGCCCCGGAGAUGAGGAGAGUUUGCACGCUGCCCCUCUGGCUCUGGCUCGGCAUUGUCUCGGAGGCAGAUCUGGUGAGCAGCUAUUCUAUGACCCCUCCUACUCUGAGCAUCACUGAGGAGGAGCACRUCAUCAACGCCAAGGACACGCUGACCAUCACCUGCAGAGGCCAGCACCCUUUGGAGUGGUCGUGGCCCGGGGGCAAGGUGGACCCUGCUGGGAAGGAGGAGAUGGAGUUGGUGGCCUCAGCAGCCCCCAGCAGUGGCCGGGCAAUCCAAGAAGAAGAGUGCGAGGGCACUGGCACGAAGCCCUACUGCAAAGUGCUGGUGCUGACCGAGGCACAGGCCAACGACACGGGUUACUACCGGUGCUACUACAAAUACAUYGAUGCCAAAAUCGAGGGCACCACAGCGGUCAGCACCUACGUGUUUGUGAGAGAUUUUGARCAGCCAUUUAUCAACAAGCCAGAGACUCUUCUCAUCAGCAAGAAGGAGAGCACUUGGGUACCAUGCCUCGUGUCUAUCCCAGAUCUUAACGUCACACUGACCUCGCAAAAUUUCUUCGUUCACUCUGACGGAAAAAGCACUUUCUGGGACAACAAGAAGGGAAUGCAGGUACCCACAGACUUGAUCAGGGACUUACUGUAUGUCCACUGUGAGACUGUAAUUGACAAGAAGGUCUUCAAAUCCAAUUUCUUCAUCAUCCAUAUAGCAGGGAGUGAGCUGUACGACAUUCAGCUGUAUCCCAAGAAAGCCAUGGAGCUGCUAGUGGGAGAGAAGCUGRUCCUGAACUGCACAGUGUGGGCUGAGUUCAACUCUGGCGUCCACUUCCAGUGGACUUACCCUGGCAAACAGACGCAGCGAGCAGUGAUCGAGUCUGAGCGCCAGUCCCUGCAGACACAAACAGAGCUCUCCAGUAUCCUGACCCUCCACAAYGUCAGCCAGCAGGACCUGGGGAAGUACACCUGCACUGCCACCAAUGGUGCCCAGAUGCUGGAGGAGAGCACGGAUGUCAUCGUGCAUGAAAAGCCCUUCAUCACUGUGGAGUGGAGGAAGGGCCCGGUGAUAGAAGCCACUGCAGGAGACGAAGCUGUGAAGCUGCCAGUGAAAGUUGUGGCUUACCCCCCACCAGACUUCCAGUGGUACAAGGAUGGAAAGCUAAUUCCCAAGCAAUCUCAAUCUUCAAUGCAGAUCAAGGAUGUGUCGGARCAGCACGCCGGGACAUACACGCUGGUUCUGCGGAACAGGCUGGCGGGGCUGGAGRAGCGAAUCAGCCUCCGGUUAAUCGUCAAUGUUCCUCCACAUAUUCAUGAGAAGGAAGCCUCUUCCCCAAGCAUCUACUCCAAGAGGAGCCCCCAAGCCCUCACCUGCACUGUCUAUGGCAUCCCAGCACCGGAGGUGAUCCAGUGGCAGUGGAGGCCAUGGAUGCCCUGCCGCAUGUUCUCCCGACGCAGCCUCAAUGGCAGGCACUGGGCAGCAAGGCGCCAUCAGCGGGACCGGAUGCCCGAGUGCAAGGACUGGAAAGAUGUGUCACAGCAGGACGCUGUGAACCCCAUCGAGAGYAUCGACACCUGGGUGGAGUUCGUGGAGGGGCGGAACAAGACAGUGAGCAAACUGGCCAUCCAGGAGGCCAAUGUCUCAGCCAUGUACAAGUGUAUUGCCUCUAAUAAAGUGGGYCGAGACGAGCGGCUGAUCUACUUCUAUGUGACCACCAUUCCAGACGGGUUYGAGAUUGAGUCCCAGCCCUCGGAAGAGCCCAUAGAGGGGCAGGACCUACAGCUGAGCUGCAAUGCAGACAACUACACCUAUGAGAACCUGCAGUGGUAUCGGCUGAACCUCUCCAAACUCCACGAUGAAGAGGGCAACCCCCUCGUGCUGGACUGUAAGAACGUCCACCACUAUGCCACCAAGAUGCAGGGGGAGCUGCGCUUCCAGCCCGACUCCAACGAUGCGACCUUGCUGCUCACCAUCCCCAACAUCUCCCUGGAUGAGGAGGGAGAUUAYGUGUGUGAGGUGCAGAACAGGAAGACCCGGGAGAAACACUGCCACAAGAAAUACAUCUCUGUGCAGGCCCUGGAGAUCCCCCGCCUCAAGCAGAACCUGACAGACAUUUGGGUGAACGUCAGUGACUCCAUAGAGAUGCGCUGUAAGGUGGAYGGCAACCACGUUCCUGAAAUCAGCUGGUACAAAGACGAGAAACUGGUGGAAGAAGUGUCAGGGAUUGACCUGGCGGACUUCAACCAGAAGCUGAGCAUUCAGAGGGUGAGGGAGGAGGAUGCUGGGCUCUACCUGUGCAGCGUCUGCAAUGCUAAGGGCUGUGUGAACUCCUCAGCAAGCGUCUCUGUGGAAGGCUCUGAUGACAGGACCAACGUGGAGAUUGUCAUCCUGAUUGGGACUGGAGUUAUUGCUGUUUUCUUCUGGAUCCUACUYAUUCUCAUCUUUUGCAACAUCAAAAGGCCAGCCCACGCWGACAUCAAGACAGGCUACCUGUCCAUCAUCAUGGACCCCGGYGAGGUGCCUUUGGAGGAGCAGUGCGAGUACCUGCCCUACGAUUCCAGCAAGUGGGAGUUCCCACGGGACCGCCUGCGCUUAGGUAAAGUCCUGGGUCAUGGUGCCUUUGGGAAGGUGGUGGAAGCAUCAGCAUUUGGGAUCAAUAAAAGUAACAGCUGUGAGACCGUAGCAGUAAAAAUGCUGAAAGAGGGAGCUACUGCAAGCGAGCACAAGGCACUGAUGUCAGAGCUGAAGAUCCUCAUUCACAUCGGGAAUCACCUCAAYGUGGUGAAUUUGCUGGGUGCCUGUACCAAACCCAAUGGUCCACUCAUGGUUAUUGUUGAGUUCUGCAAAUAUGGAAACCUCUCCAACUAUCUGCGGACCAAGCGGGAAGGAUUCAGUCCUUACAGGGAGAAGUCUCCCAGGCUGCGUAUUCAGGUGCAGUCCAUSGUGGAGGCAGUGAGAGCCGACAGGAGGAGCCGCUCUGGGACCAGUGACAGCGCCAUCUUCCACCGCUUCCUGAUGCACAAGAGCCGCACAGCGCAGCCCAUCCAGGAAGCGGAUGACUUGUGGCAAAGUCCCUUGACAAUGGAAGACCUGAUCUGCUACAGCUUCCAGGUMGCACGUGGCAUGGAAUUCCUGGCAUCCCGAAAGUGCAUCCACAGGGACCUGGCAGCUCGCAAUAUCCUGCUGUCAGAGAACAAUGUGGUGAAGAUCUGUGACUUCGGCCUGGCCCGGGACAUCUACAAGGACCCCGACUAUGUCAGGAAAGGCAGUGCCCGUCUCCCCCUGAAGUGGAUGGCUCCAGAAAGUAUCUUCGACAAGGUCUACACUACCCAGAGUGAUGUCUGGUCCUUUGGGGUCCUUCUCUGGGAAAUCUUCUCACUAGGGGCAUCUCCAUAUCCUGGAGUCCAGAUCAACGAGGAGUUUUGCCAGAGGCUCAAAGACGGUACCAGGAUGAGAGCCCCAGAGUAUGCCACAGCAGAAAUCUACCGUAUAAUGCUGAGCUGCUGGCAUGGUGACCCCAAAGAGAGACCAACCUUCUCCGACCUUGUGGAGAUACUGGGGAACCUUCUUCAGGAAAAUGUCCAGCAGGAAGGGAAGGAUUACAUCCCGCUGAACGACUCUCACAGCUCAGAAGAUGAUGGUUUCUCCCAGGUGCCUUCCUCUGCCCAGCAAAACUCAGAUGAAGAGGACUUUGACAUGAGGAUACGCUGCCACRGCCUAGCAGCAAGAUACUACAACUGUGUCUCGUUCCCUGGCUGUUUGACGGGAGGAAAUCAGAUCAGGUGUCCAUCCAGGAUAAAGACAUUUGAAGAGUUUCCCAUGACACACACAAUGUACAAAGCACACCCGGACAAUCAGACAGACAGUGGGAUGGUUCUGGCAUCUGAGGAAUUUGAGAGGAUAGAAAACCGACACAGAAAAGAAGGUGGAUUCAGCAGUAAAGGGCCCAGUCGAACCAUGGAGCUGUCAGGGGAACAGUCAGACCUGCGGGGCAGAUGUCGGCCGUCAUAUGGGUCCCAAGUCGGAGGCCAGACUUUUUACAACAGUGAAUAUGGGGAGCUGUCGGAACACUCUGAGGAUGGCAGCUGCACCCCACCUGGAGAGGGGGCCAGUCCCCCCACUCUCCAUGCUUCCUUCUUCUCCGAGCAGUACUAAUGGCACCAGGUUCUGG